AGGGGAAGGAGCCGCCGCCGCCCGCCCCGCGCCCUCUGCCGCCGCUCCGGGCCGCCGCGCGCUCUUCCCCCCUCAGGCCCGUCCGGCGUGUGCGCGGCCGCCGGGCUGCGGCGGAGCUCGGGCGGCGGCGGCGCUGACAGCAUCCUACAGUUACAUCAAACUUCUCCUGGUGUAGCCACAGAGUAAACAGCUCAUGACUUCUGAUCAGGACGCUAAGGUCGUGGCUGAACCGCAGGGCCAGCGCGUCCAGGAAGGAAAAGGCAGUGCUCAUCUGAUGAAUGGUCCCAUAUCUCAAACCACUUCUCAGACGAGUUCCAUCCCAGCUUUGAGUCAGGAUGUUCGAGAGGCAGAAGUAGAACGAAGACGUUUGCAGGAAGUGCCCCCAGGUGGCAAGUCUCUUAAUGACUGCAGAUGUCUGAAGAGUAACUUCUCCACAGUUCUUUUCACCUGCACGGAAGAAGAAAGUGAAACAGACCCAAGUCCCAAGACAGGAAAUGAAACGUGUGUCACAGGGUCAGGGAGCGGCCCUCAGAGAUUAGAGAAUGCUGAGCACAAGCCGCAGGGUCACAGAGACACUGUUGGGCACAACCCCGAACAUGCCUCAUCAAACUUUCAGACAGGCUUGGACUGGGAAGCAGACACAUUAAAAUGUAGGGUGGUGUCCCGACAGGAACAACUGGCUCCUGCUAGUUCUAGUACAACCCGAUCCCCUGAUUUUGAAACAGACGAUAUAGAGCAAAAUGAUGAGACCCAUAGAGCGGGUGACUGCAGACAUGGGCAUCUGAGUCUGGCACCUGCCAGCAGCAGUUUGAUUUCAGAGGCACAAGAAGCAGAAGGAGGGGCAAGUGACUGUAGUAGCAACGGGGAAAAUCCAAGCGGGAAACAGGUUUCCUCCAAACUGGCUGAAGAAGUUUCUGCUGCCUUUGGUGAUGAUGUGCUAGGGGUGAGUGUGCCGGUGCUGACCAGCCAGGGAGAGAGACUCUGCUUGGAGACUGUCGGCGUGGGCCCCCGCACUCCGGACUACAUGGGCCCACAUGAGGCGAGUGGACACGCACACCCUCUCCAUCCUGCAGUAGCAGCACCCACUUUGAGCCUAGGGGUGGGGGUUAUGGAAAGUUCAAAGGUGAUUUUUGGGGAAAUGGAGCUAAGCAGGACUGCCAGUGGGUGUUCCUUCUUGCCUGGUGAUGGCUCUGUCCCAGAGGACAGGCGUGCAGUGCUUUGCCCUGUGCCACAGGGACUGCCCGUCAGCCCAGGACCUGUUGGGAGGGCUGUACCACUCCCAGAAGGGGCCCUCAGCUUAUCUGAAAGUCUUUCAGAAAGGUGCUUAGGAUGCCUCCCAGAACAACUCUCUUCCCAGCCCUUGGAUGAACUUUCCCACUGCGCAGUGGGCUGCUUGGCUAGUCAGACGUUUUCUGAAAGAAUGGCUGCUGGUUGUGGAUAUCAGGUGGGCUGUCCCUGGACGAAUGUCAUUGGGGAAGACCCAGCAGGAAGUGAGUGCACUUGUGGUAAGGUCCCACAGGGUGAUCUGCAGGGCUGGGUGUCCACUUCCUUCUGGACAGAAAACCCUCUUUAUCUGCCCCUGAUGACUGAAGAUGCCAUCCUUUGGACAUGGCAGAGUAGAGGCGGACAGUUAGUCCCAACAGGCAAGGUUUCAGAGUUAAACCCUAAUGCGAAAGUAUGGGGGACUCACAUGUCCCACCUGGAUGUUGGUAGUGCCGCGGAUGGCGGCGUGAGCGCAUCCUGGGAGGACCUGGCCGGCCGGAGCACGCGCCUGGGCCAGGAUGGGGUGGACGCAGAUGCCGAGGGGGACAGAAGCCGUGAGAAUGCAGCCCUGUCAUCAGAUUUGCAGGAGUUGGACCAGACAGGCAUGAGCACUUUGGCCCCGGAACACUCUGAGUAUGACUCUCCGCCUGAGAACUGCGAGACAGGAGGGAAUGAGUCUCAACCCGAAAACCCAGAAGACCCCCGAGAAGUGCUUAAAAAGACAUUGGAAUUCUGCCUGUCUAGGGAGAACCUUGCCAGUGACAUGUAUCUCAUAUCUCAGAUGGACAGUGACCAGUAUGUGCCAAUCACCACAGUGGCUAAUCUGGACCACAUCAAGAAGCUCAGUACCGACAUGGACCUGAUCGUGGAGGUGCUGAGGUCUUUACCUUUAGUCCAAGUGGAUGAGAAGGGAGAAAAAGUAAGGCCAAAUCAAAACCGCUGCAUAGUGAUACUGCGUGAAAUAUCUGAAUCCACCCCCAUAGAAGAAGUAGAAGCACUAUUUAAAGGAGAUAAUUUACCGAAAUUUAUAAACUGUGAAUUUGCCUAUAAUGACAAUUGGUUUAUUACAUUUGAAACAGAAGCUGAUGCACAGCAGGCUUACAAAUACCUGAGAGAAGAAGUUAAAACUUUUCAAGGAAAACCAAUUAAGGCAAGGAUAAAAGCCAAGGCAAUAGCUAUAAACACGUUUUUGCCAAAGAAUGGAUUCAGACCUGUGGACAUGAGCCUUUACACUCAGCAGCGCUGCACAGCCUCCUUCUACUUCCCCCCUGUGUACAGCCCCCAGCAGCAGUUUCCUCUCUACAGCCUCAUCGCCCCCCAGACGUGGUCAGCAGCUCACAGCUAUCUCGAUCCCCCACUGGUGGCUCCAUUUCCAAAUACCGGAUUUAUAAAUGGGUUUACGUCUCCAACCUUCAAGCCUACAUCAUCUCCUUUGGCUUCACUCAGACAGUACUCUCCAAGAAGCAGGAACCCUAGUAAAUCUCAUCUGCGCCAUGCCAUCCCCAGCACAGAGAGAGGGCCUGGGCUCUUAGAAAGUCCCUCCAUAUUUAACUUCACUGCGGAUCGGUUAAUUAACGGUGUCCGGAGCCCACAAGCCAGGCAGACAGGUCAAACUAGAACCCGAAUACAGAACCCUCCCACCUACGCCAAGAGAGAUGUGGGGCCCGGGCGCGUGGAGCUGACCAGUCUCGAGUCCUCUCCUGGCUUAGGCAGAGGAAGAAAAAAUUCCUUUGGUUAUCGGAAGAAAAGGGAGGAGAAGUUUACAAGAAGCCAAACUCAGUCUCCAUCGCCACCAAAGCCUCCAUCCCCAAGCUUCGAGUUAGGGCUUUCCAACUUUCCCCCUCUGCCUGGGGCAGCUGGCCAUUUGAAGACAGAGGACUUGUUUGAGAACAGGCUGUCUGGCUUGCUGAUAGGAUCUUCAAAAGAAAGGAGCCUAAAUGUGGAUGCCGGCAUGAACACUAUUCCCACAGUCACCCCCAGAGAGCCCUCUGUGCCACCGUCCUGUGCUGUGUCCACGACCUAUGAGCGCUGUCCCUCCCCAGCUCUCCCACCUGAGGAACUCAAAGUGGUGGAGAAGCAGAGGGAACCCCCAAGUGUGGACAGACCCCCUUCUGCCCUGAUGACAACUGCGAGUAAAUCAGUGCAGGUGAACGGCGCCGCCAUGGAACUGAGGAAACCCAGCUAUGCAGAGAUUUGCCAGAGGACAAGUCGAGAGCCCUCAUCCCCACUGCCACCACAGAAGGAACAAAAGCCACACACAGCCACUUGUGGGAAGGACGAGAAGAAGCUAGCUGAGACCGAGCCAGCCGCCCCCAAGUCCUAUCCAGGAGCACCCAGAGACCAGCGGAGGCCGCCAGGUCGCCGGCCCUCACCCCCUGCCGUGGGGAAGCGUCUGCACCGAGAACAGAGCAGCCCCCCCAAGUCUCCCCAGUGAUCAUGAGGUCUGGGAGGGAGGGGAGCACAGAGGCCAGCAGGAUCUGCCCGCUCGACCAGAAGAGUGAGCCGCUGGUUGGAGCUUGCAUCAGAGGCCACAAGAGGCCUGCAGUUACAUUUCUCCCAAGUCGAUUUCCCCCUCUUGAAAAAAAAAAAAUCUAUUUUUCAGGAUUUCAUUAAUAUAAACCUUAUUUUAGGUUGGUGCUUAACUGGAAGUGAUGCAUAAGUCUGAUUUUUUCAGGAUAGAAAAUGCAUUUAUCCUAACAAAUUGAUAUUUUUUAUUAAGCCCCCAUACGGCUAUGAAUGCAAGCUAUAUGUAGUGAGUUUUUCUAAAUUAAGCGGAAUUGUGCUACUUCAUUUUUUAAAAUAACUGGCUAGCAAGUGCAUAUCUCUAAAUGUCCAGAGGAGCAGGGGGUUGGCGCCAUGUGCUGGGCCAUUCUGAAUCCAGCCCAAUUCUGAACCAGUGGGCAAUCUGAGGGCACGCAGAGGCCUGGACCCUUGAGUUUGAUGUACUGCAAGCAAGUAACCAGCGGCUCACUCCAGUCUCCAGCGGCUAAGAUGUAAGAUAAAUUCGAAGCACAUUGUGAAUAGAACCUUAAAUGGAAGCAUAAACUUGGCUGCCCACUGCCGUGUUAGGCAAAAUUAUACGCUGUGUGAUGCUGUGUGGCCCCUCGGGCUGGCAGGAGUGUGUGAGUGCCCGGGGUUCCCACAGAAGCAUUGUAGAUACAGGAGAGGAUAGUGGUGUGGAGGCUAGAGUUCCCAUUCUCUCUACCUCUAGGCUGAGGAUACUGAUCCCUGGGAGGGCUGCUCCCUGAGGAAGAAAGAGUGCACUAAAACUCUGUUUGUGAUAAAGUUAGACAUAAAUUAUUUUGUUUUAAAAUGCCUAAAUUCUUUAAGUAUUCUAAGCAGCAGACUUUCCAAUAUUUCUGCUAAAUGUAACCAUACAGCUUAUUCCAUAAAAUGUUAUUUAACAAGACUGAGUUAUUUUUUCUUUAACAAUUAUUUCCAUCCAAUAUUUAAAGACUUGAAUUUUAUUUAAACUUGAAAAUGACUUUGCCUUAACUUUUGUAUAAGACAGCUUAGAGUUCCUGGAGCCCGGCCCCUGGGUGGCAAGUGGAUUACAGAGUUACUCAGUUUUGUGGGAUCUGCUGUCACUAGUUUUGCUGAGUAAGAAACUGUAGUACAGAGCUAGCAGUAGUGUUUGUAAUAUACCUUGAAGAUCUUAAACAGUUGAUCUUUUUUCAGAUUGUGAAAAAUCCUGUAAAUUCAAAUAGUCAAUACUGUAUUAAAUACGUGCACUUGGGCGUGUGUGCUUGGCUUGUACAGUUGUAAAUAAUCAGAACAUAUUAAAAAGGUACCCUAAAGAGAAAAACCUGAUAAAAAUUAUUGAUAUAUUAUAAAUGUUGCUAUUGAGCUGGAUGUAGAUAAACUAAAUGUUGUGGUUUGAAUAUUCUAAUUUGUUGAGGUUUUUUUUUUUUUCCUCUUUUUUUUUUUUCUCUCUUAUGCUGGUGUGUUGAACUGAUUCUGCCUCUUUGCUGCUGCAAACGGGUAAUGGAAAGUCUUUAUUAAAGUCUUGCGAAAUCUUCACGCUAUUUUAAAGUAUGUAAAUAUGUACUAAUCAUAUCUAAUGUGAAAGUGUUUUUGAAGUUUGAUAUAAAGAGAGCAGAAGCUGGCAGGAUCUUCCAAGUGAAAGAUAAUCUACUGCUUACAAUCAUCAGUAGCUAAGCAUGAUUGGCCCUGCCCUGCCCGAGGAAAGAAGUCCCAGUGCAUUGAAUAUUUCCCUCAAGCAGUCACCAUUAUCCCAGUAUCUAGAAAUACACACAGUGCUCACAGUUGCAAGAAUCUAUAAAAGGAACAGGGAAAUUCCUUUCCUACUAGUUGUCAACUUGCUGACUGAAAGAAAGGGGAAAAAAUCAGGAGGAGCAGACCUCUUAUAGCUUCACUGUUAGAUGCUGUGGAAAGAGCUGGCAGAGCGCACCACACCCUGGGUCUCUGAUGCUGCAGCCUCUGCUGAGGGAGGAGUGAGAUGGGCAGACUCGCCCUGUGCAGCUCAGAUUCUGCCCUCCAGAGGCGGUUGUGUGAGAGGCCUUCUGCGGCCGCGCGAGCUGUAUACUGCAGGGAUGGCGCAGUGGUGGUCACUGGGGUUACCGCAGAGACAGGAGCAGUGGUGUCCUGUGGAUUGUCACUGGGACAAGACAGGUGGUCACUGGAUUACUGCAGGGCCAGGAUGGGCAGCCACUGGAUUACCACAGGGCGGCAUGGUAGCAGCAGGGCCAGCAGUAGGAGCUGUACUUUGUGGUCCUGUCCUGCCGCCGCCGCCAGCUCCAGGCUCUGCAUCUGUGUCCCUGCAGCCACAGUCUGCUGCAUCAAGAGUCAAGACUGUGCUUUGCUGUGAUGUCUAGGGCAUCCUUUUGGAUUCGGCAAAAGUCAAGUGCCAGCCGGCUAUAUACAGACUAUACCAGGGUCUUUCUCAUGUUUCCUGGAAGGACGGAGGUCAGCAAGAAACAGUGAGGCAGGAACAUGUAGACACACAGGCCCAGUUAAUUUCUAAUUGUGACUUUCCUGUCCCCGGCAGUGCCUCAGGGUACAGAAUCAGUACAUGAUCACAAGUGGCAUUUUAACGUGUACAACUGUGUGAUGAUGCAUACCACUGGCAGUAGAAGACGUGGCCCCCAUCUCAGCAGACAUGAAGUUCACAUAGAGUAGUUGCCUUCUGAAGUGUCAGGAUGUUUGUGCUUGGCCCUCCGGUUCCCCAUCAUUGCUUGUCACCGUGGGUGGCAGAGCCCAUAGAGCUGCUGGAUGGGUCCCAUCUCUGCAGUCUCCGUGCGCAGCCUGGCUCUCCGCUGGCCCCACUGCUGAGUGUGCUUGAAACUGGGACACAGAGCAGAGACAAUCACGUCCGAGAACCAGUGGCUGUGGUCCACAGAGACGCAGAACGCGGAGCUUCUUGAGGGCUUUUUGUUUUUCUUCUGAUUCUUUUCAUUAAGACUGGAAUCAAGCUUACGUGUAAACUAUUGGUAAUUUAAGUUUCUUUGUGUCAUUCAGUGUAAAAUGGUCUAAUUUGGGGGAAAAUGUAGUUUAUGAAAAAUAAAAAUUUAGGCACUGUC